ACGGGCUCAGCACAAUAAGAUGGCCCAGUCGUCGUCGUCGGCGCCCCGGAACCUCUCGCGGCAGGACUUCAAGCACGCCAAGCGCAUCGUCAUCAAGAUGGGCACGAGCGUCGUGUCAUCGAACGGCGAAGCGGCGCUGGGCCGCGUGGCGUCGAUCGUCGAGCAAAUCUCAAUGCUCAAGCGGCAAGGCAAGGAGGUGCUGCUCGUGACCUCGGGCUCGAUCGGCGUCGGGCGCAAGAAGCUGCAGAAACAAAUCCUUCUCUCGUCAUCGCUGCGCAUGCACGUGCAAGGCGACAGCAACAUGAACCGCAUGCUGGAGAAGAAGAAGGGCGCAAUGGCGGCCGCGGGCCAAGUCGGCCUCAUGUCGCUCUACGAGACGCUCUUUUCGCUCUACGACGUGGCCUGUUCGCAGGUGCUCGUGACCGAGUCGGACUUCAAGACGAAGGAGCACCGCGCCAACAUUCGCGACACGCUGCUCCAUUUGCUGGACCUCGACGUGAUCCCGAUCGUCAACGAGAACGACGCGGUGAGCGCCGGCGUCUAUCGCGAAGGCCAGUCGGUGUUUACCGACAAUGACUCACUCGCCGCGCUUGUCGCAAGCGAGAUCCAAGCCAACUUGCUCAUUCUGCUCACGGACGUCGACGGUCUCUACGACAAGCCGCCGAGCGAGCCAAACGCCAAGGUCAUUUCGAUUUUUGCGCCCGAGCAACCCGGUCAAUUUGUCAUUGGUGAAAAAUCAUCGGUCGGCCGCGGUGGCAUGGGCGCCAAGAUCCAAUCGGCCCAGGGCGCGGUCGACAGUGGCGUCAACGCCGUCGUGAUUGCAAGCGGCUUCAAGUAUGGCGUGCUGGACGCGAUCAUGAAAGGCGCGAACCUCGGGACGCUCUUUGUGCCGUACCCGGAGCUUCUCCUCGAGCACAAGGCGUCGGCCGAGGACUUGGCGAUUGCGGCGCGCGAAGGGAGUCGCGCGCUUCAAGCGCUCUCGUCGUCGGACCGCGCUCAGAUUCUGCGGCGCAUUGCCGCGUCGCUCCUAGAACACGCCGAUGCGAUUUUGCAAGCCAACCAACUCGACUUGAACGACGCCAACAAUGUGGACGUGGCCUUGCGCGCGCGUCUCAAGCUCACUAAGCCGAAGCUCGAAACCCUCGCCAAGGGCAUUUGCGCGAUUGCCGACCAGCCCGAGCCCGUUGGCCGCGUGCUCUCGACCAUGGAGAUUGCCCACGGCUUGGUGCUCGAGCAGCUCACGUGCCCCAUUGGCGUGCUUUUGAUUGUGUUUGAGUCGCGCCCCGACUCGCUGCCGCAGAUUGCAGCGCUAGCGCUCCGCAGCGGCAACGGCCUGCUGCUCAAGGGCGGCAAGGAGGCCAGUCGCAGCAACCACAUGUUGCACGCGCUCAUUUGCGACGCGAUCGAGUCGGAAACCAAGGGCCGCGUGCCCCGGGGCGUGCUCGGGCUCGUUGCGACGCGCGACGACGUCUCGGAGCUUUUGCAGCUGGACCACGUGAUUGAUUUGUGCAUUCCGCGCGGCUCGAACGCGCUCGUGACGUUUAUCAAGAAGCACACGCGGAUCCCGGUGCUCGGCCAUGCCGAGGGCGUCUGCCACAUGUACAUUGCGGCCGGCGCCAGCAUGGACAAGGCGCGCGCGCUCGUGCUCGACGCCAAGACGGACUACCCGGCCGCCUGCAACGCGCUCGAGACGCUGCUUGUUGAUGUAUCGCACGUCGAGUCGGGCGCAGUGCACCACCUCGUCGAGGCGCUCCACGAUGCCGGCGUCAAGGUGAAUCUGGGCCCGGACGCGGUCCGACGCAACUUGGUGCCGGGCGCCGAGCCCGCGCCGUCGCUCUCGCACGAGUAUGGCAGCUUGGCGCUGACGCUCGAAGUCAUUUCGACCGGCGUCGACGGCGCAAUUGCGCACAUCAAUGCGCACUCGAGCGGCCACACGGACACCAUUGUGACGGACGACGUGGCCGAAGCCGAACGGUUCCUCAACGGCGUCGACAGCGCGUGCGUGUUUCACAAUGCGAGCAACCGGUUUGCCGACGGCUUUCGGUUUGGGCUUGGCGCCGAGGUUGGCAUUUCGACCGGGCGCAUUCACGCCCGCGGCCCCGUCGGCGUCGAAGGCCUCUUGACGACCAAGUGGAAGCUCCGGUCCCAGUCGGUCCACACGGUCACUGCGUUUGCAAAUGGCCACGCAACGUAUACGCACAAGCGUCUAAGCAAGUUGUAGACUGAAAGUAAAGAGCCAGUUUUGUACAUUUUCGCA